AGCAGCAGAGGAGAGCGGACGGAGCCACGACCCGCAGCCGGACAGCGAAGCAGCCAUUCCCCGUCUGUUCUGGGUCGAACCCAUCCGUCAGAACAUACGAACAUUUCUUUCCAACUUCAGCUACAGUGUUAGCUAAGUUCGGAAGGGAGGAAAGGGGAGAAACGUCGCGUUUUCUUUUGGUUUUUUGAUUUUUCUGCUUCUUGCUGCCGACGGUUGGACGUAGAGAGAGCAGAGGCUCCGCUCCUGUCCAGCACAAAAGAAGGAAAAUCAGGCUUUUAAAAUGGAAACUACUGGACCCAAGAAGGCAACAUGCACCGAAUCCAUCAGACAUUUCUUCACUUCAGCCAAGUUUCUUAUUUACAUGGGCCAUGCACUGUCAACAUGGGGUGACCGGAUGUGGAACUUUGCGGUGGCCGUUUUUCUGGUGGAGCUGUACGGGAACAGCCUGCUGCUGACGGCCGUUUAUGGCCUGGUGGUGGCCGGGUCCGUGCUGCUGCUGGGCGCCAACAUUGGCAACUGGGUGGACAGGAACCCCCGGCUGAAAGUGGCCCAGACGUCGCUGCUGGUCCAGAACAGUUGCGUCAUCAUGUGCGGCGUUCUGCUGAUGCUGGUUUUCCACUUCAAGGCCCAGCUGGUGGAGCUCUACAACGGCUGGAUUCUGACCGUCUGCUACAUCCUGGUCAUCAGCAUCGCCAACGUGGCCAACCUGGCCAGCACGGCCACCUCCAUCACCAUCCAGCGGGACUGGGUGGUGGUGGUGGCCGGCCAGGACAGCAGCAGCCUGGCCGACAUGAACGCCACGGUGCGGAUCAUCGACCAGCUCACCAACAUCCUGGCGCCCAUGCUGGUGGGCCAGAUCAUGGCGUUCGGCUCGCACUUCGUGGGCUGCGGCUUCAUCUCCGGCUGGAACCUGGCCUCCAUGUGCGUGGAGUACGGCCUGCUGUGGAAGGUUUACCAGAAGACGCCGGCGCUCGCCCUGAAGGCCGUCCACAAGGAGCAGCAGCACGAGCUCAAGCAGCUCAGCCCCCUGAAAGACUGUGAGAACGGCCAGAGUCCCGAGGAAUCGUCUCAGCCGCUGAUGGACGCCUCGCCGCCCGGCGCCGCAGAUCCCGGCAAGGCGGCGGGCUGCUGCGGCGCGGCGAGCCAGCCGCUGCGGACCUUCAGGGCCGGAUGGGUGGCCUACUACAAGCAGGACAUCUUCCUGGCCGGCAUGUCGCUGGCCUUCCUCUACAUGACGGUGCUGGGCUUCGACUGCAUCACCACGGGCUUCGCCUACACGCAGGGCCUCAACGGCUCCAUCCUCAGCCUGCUGAUGGGCGCCUCCGCCAUCUCCGGCAUCUGCGGCACCGUGGCCUUCACCUGGAUCCGCAGGAAGUGCGGCCUGAUCCGGACGGGCUUCAUCUCCGGCACGGCGCAGCUCUGCUGCCUCCUGCUGUGCGUCUUCUCCGUCUUCGCCCCCGGCAGCCCCUUCGACCUGAGCGUGUCGCCCUUCCAGGACCUGUACGCCCACCUGAUGGGGCAGCAGAGCCUGCCGGAGGCCGAGCACAGCCUGGGCGCCGCCUUCAGCACCAACGCCACCACGCCGCCGCCGCUGGCCCAGGAGCCGCCGCCGCUGCAGUCCUACAUGUCCGUCAGCCUGCUGUUCGCUGGCGUCAUCGCCGCCAGAGUCGGUCUGUGGUCCUUUGACCUCACCGUGACCCAACUCAUCCAGGAGAACGUCAUCGAGUCGGAGCGCGGGGUGAUCAACGGCGUCCAGAACUCCAUGAACUACCUCCUGGAUCUGCUGCACUUCAUCAUGGUGAUCCUGGCGCCCAACCCCGAGGCCUUCGGCCUGCUCGUCAUCAUCUCCGUGUCCUUCGUGGCCAUGGGUCACGCCAUGUACUUCCGCUUCGCCUUCAAGAGCCUGGGCAGCCGCCUCUUCCUGUGCUGCUCGCCGGAGCAGAAGGCGGAGACGGACGCCUCUCCUCCCACCACCGUGUAGAGCCGCCAUUACAGAGACUCUGUCCUACCCGGACCGCCCUGCCUCUCAUUCACCCAACUAACACCAACGCUUGUAGCUGUUAGCAUCCUGAUUGUAGCUGUUAGCAUCUUGAUGCUGGAUAGACGGGUUAGCGUCACAGAAAACUAGCUUGUAGCUUUAGCUAAGACGGGGUUUGCUUAUUAACACAUAGUUUAGUCGAGGCUCCGCCUCCUCCAUUAGACCCGAGGUACGUCGUCCUCCCGUCGGCCGGCCGUACGCGGCGGCGGCGGAGGGGACGGUCAGGGAAGCGGGCGAUGGGGCGCGGGUUGAACGCCUCUCGCCGGUGCUGAGGAGACGCCUCCUACUUAACCAAACUCACUGGCAUCUUAAAGGGUCCGACUAUAUUUAUUCACUAACUUUAUCAGCAGUAUUGUGUUUUUCUCGUACCAAACAAAAACUCGCGCACCGCAAUAAUAGCUCUUAGUUACCAAAGUCUGGUGAAAAAGGAAGUGAGGGAAGCCAGGUCUCUGCAGUACGUCUCUGCGCCUGCGGGUGGCAGCACCACCGCAGGCGGGCUGAGCUCUUUCUCCCAUUAGAAGAGAAGAAAAUCGUCUUUUCAGGUAGUUUGCGAUAAUGUUUCAGUUCUUCUGAUUUCUGUUGUGAUUGUCGUUACUCAGGCACUUUAUGUGAUUGACGUCUGUCAUUCCACUCUGAUCUCUCGUUCAGUUUUUUAGUUUAUUUUUGCACAAAGUUGAAGCCCCGCCCACUAACCGCGGUCCGCCCUCAGUCACGGGCCGCAGACGACCCGUGACUGAGGGCGCAUGUAUUAUAUAUUACAAAGGCACAUAUUAUAAACACUUAGCAGCGUUCGCCAGUAGAAACUGCCAUUUCCUCAAAUUACAAACGUCUCCAUCAGCCACACUGACCAGCCGUCACUUUCAUUCCUUCAUGUCAAACAGUUUGUUUGUUUAAGAAAUGGUCUUCAGAAAAGACUCAACAGUUUUCUUUGGACUUUGGCUGCUGAUCAUUUGUUGCAGUUCAGAGUUUUCCUUUAGCCUGAAGCUAACCACAGCUUCUAUACCGCUCUGAUGACCUUUGCCUCAUGUCUUCCACCUUCCCUUUAUUAGGCUCAAAUAAAGGCCACUAGAGCCAACAACACCUUAAAAAAAAGACCGUCAUGCAGAAGAAAAUUCAACCUGUAUGAUUCAAUUUAUAAUCCUUCUGAGGUAAAAUCAGCCAGAGUCCAAAAAACCCGAAAGCUUCAGAAAGCCUGAAGAACUUUUGAUCAAGACCAAAAUAAGCUGCUGAUCAAGUGAAACUUUAAUUCUUUGGACCCAAAAUUCUUUUCAUUUUGCAUCCAAACAGACUAAUUAAAAAUUUUAGAUGGUCUUGAGUAAAACUCUGCAGACCUUCUGGAGGUUUUUGUCUUUUCUUUGGACCUUGGCUGCUGUUUCAGCUGAGCAUGAAGCUAAUCUCAACAUUCUGGCUCCAACAGAGCCUGAAAAAUGUUUUUACUGGGACUUUAUUUGAGUUCUGGGCUGAAAAUAAGUACAAAAGCAAAGAAAGUCCAAUGAAAACUCAAGAAGGUCUUUAGAACCGUCAGUGUAGACCGGUUUAAAAGAUGACAGCAGAGGUAAAAUAUGAAGAAUUUGUGGCAGAAUCAGAACUUUUUCUAGUUAAAUCUGGUCAGAAUAAUCCAGAUUAUUGUGGUUUUUUGCGAUGCGAGUCGAUAUAAGCUACAGAGCAAAUCAAGACGAAUGAAUAUUUAACCCCAGAGGUUUGAACAGUUCUCUUUACCUUGUAAAUGAAACUUUAUAGCUUUAUCCGCUUCCUGUCUGUCUGAACGCCUUAAUGGAAACCUGCCGAUCGCCGCGUAAUGCACACGGAACCGAACCGGGUCAUCAGAACCGGCCCGGAGCGGCGCAGAACCGAGGGAGUCUAUUCAGGAAUAUCACUCACUAACUCCACGUUAACGUCUGGUCUGAGUCGACUUUAGCUUAGAGGAAUAGAAAUAAAUAUGAACCGUUUGUUUUUUAACUGUUUUUAUAUCUUGUUGUUUCUGUGCUAAUUUGUGCUUUUAUUGCAUUUAUUUGAAAACACCUGCUCUAAUCUCCUUUACUUUAAUAUAUAUAUGUGUGUGUGUGUUGUAUAUAAACAUACAGUAUUGUAGUUUUCUAGUUAAGAGCGUGAAAUCAUAAAGGAAUCAGGUUUGUUUGUGUAAGAAUCACACUCCAGUAGAUGAAGAAGUUCAGAAAUAAAGAACUGGAUGAAAACCA